CCUUUUGGAGGAUGUCAUAUCAUAUUUGCUGGUGAUUUUGCUCAACUACAACCUCCUGGCCAGGGUACACCGCUCUGGACUGACGUUCUUGAUAAUGAGAGUCCCAAAGUCAAGCAAACUGUUAACAAAGAGAAGGCAAAGUUUGGCCGUGCAUUGUGGCUCCUUGUUACCAACGUAGUCAUUCUAAGGAAGAAUAUGAGACAGCAAGGUAUGUGUGAAGAAGAUAUCAAAUUUCGGACUGCCCUGGAGAAUUUGCGAUACAAAGCAUGUACCCAGGAGGAUAUAACAUUGCUCAAAAGUCGUGUUGCAGGCCCAUUGCCUCACCAACCAAAGCUCAGUGAUCCAAUAUAUCGAGGAGUUCCCAUAAUAACUGCUCGAAAUGUUCAUAGGGAUAAGAUAAAUGAAAUGGGAGCUGCACGAUUUGCUCUUGACACAGGUCAGGAGCUGAUAUGCUUCAAUUCCAAAGAUAAGUGGGCCAGACCCCAUGAAAAAACCCUAGACUUGAUUCGCUCCCAUAACAUAGUUGAUCCUGCCAUACAGAAGAUGCUUUGGGACCUUCCUCCAUGCUGCACGGACAAUCAUGCUGGAUCAUUGAGCCUUUGCAUUGGUAUGCCCGUCAUGCUCAAAUAUAAUGAAGCCACAGAGCUGUGUGCAACUAAUGGUGCAGAGGCAACCGUGGUGGGGUGGCUGGAAGCUCUCUCUGAAGAUGGCCACAGAUAUUUAGACACUCUGUUCAUAAGACUGCAGAAUCCACCUCGAGUACAGCAUCUACCAGGGCUGCCUGAAAAUGUUAUACCAAUUGUUCCAUCAUCUAAGACCAUCACAUGUGACACACAAGCGGCGAAAAAGCCGAGGAUUGAAAGAAAGCAAGUCCCGAUUCUCCUCAAUUUUGCAAUGACAGACUUUUGCUCUCAGGGUCGUACCAGGCCA